CAAACCCAUCCGACUCGUGCACAGCAGCACCGCCUCGACUCGGGAGGGAGAAGGAGAGGGGAGGCAGGGCAGCGCGGAGCCCUCCUCCUCCGAUCCAUCGCCGCUCUCGACAAUCCGGGCGUCUGCUCGUGCUCGACGACGAUGGAUAGAAUGGAGAAAACAGAGAGGUUUGUACAGUUAAAGAAAUUGGCAGGCUCUGUGAUAUCAUACUGGUCAAUCAUAUCUGUUCCUGUGGAAGAGAAGCUAAACUUCAUACCUUUACUUCAUUAUGCUAAGGCCGAGUCAGUGGAUGAGAUACCUGAACACCUUGCUGUUUCAGAGGACUUCAUGAAAACUGUGGAAAAUGAAAGUAAUAGGCUUGAGAAGAUUGUGGCUGAGAUGAUUGUAAGGAAGAAAUCUAAAUUGGCUCAGAUUUAUCAAAGGAGUCAUCUCGAGUCUCCCUUUGCUGGGCAAGAACCCUCUGAUACUUCUGUGGCUUUUAAACUAGUCAAGGAGCAAAUCUCAAUAGCAAAAGCUGUUUCUAUGGAACGCCAAGAUAUCGUCACAAGAGUGGAGCUACUUCAAAGUGCAUGUGAUGAAAUUGAAUGGUAUGUGAGUCCCGAUUUCAAUUCCUCUUCUACUGAAGAUCAUCAGAGAGUCGCAAGAGGGAAAGUGCUGGUAGAUUUUUUCCCAAAAAUGAUGGAGGAUCUAGAAGACAAGGUCACUCUUUGGAACCUCAAAGAAGGAAAGCUUACCUUCUCAUUCGACGGAGUUGAUGUUAGACAAAAGGUCGAGGCUAUGAAGACUUCCUAUGCUCGUCACAUAAAAACUGAUAUGGAUGCAGUUCCUGGAGGCAUUGAUAUACAACAGUUGGUUGUCCCUCGGAGACCUCGCACUCCAAUGGUACCAGUGCAGGUGAACGAGCCACCACCACCGCAGCCAUCAGACGGUGACGACUCUAUGGCAUCCUCUGGGAGUAAAUCCGAUUCUAAGGACUCAGACUACCACCCUAGUGACUCUGAGGAGUAAUGGAUGAUUAGAUCUUCCAAACCAGAAUAUCUCGUAGCAAUAAUUGAACCACGUUGUAUUUGCUAGCAAUCAAAUUGUUUCUGCGAUGAUACCCGAAUGAGGCUGCUUAAUUUUCUGGUAUUUGCAUGUUGUUUGACGGUCUGGAUUAGUUGAAAGAUUCUGUUAUUCGGUUUGAUGGAAAUGAUUGAGCAUAGUUGUGUUCCUGUUCAUUUGUCUAA